GCCACAGCAUCAAUAUUUCAUCCGCGCCAAUAAGAGGCAGCGGCAGCAGAGACAGCGGCUGCGGCAGCACUCUCUGGUCCUUAGCUUGCAGCAGCCAGGUCCCAUCCUUGCAACCACCAUGGACGUCUUCAAGAAAGGCUUCUCCAUUGCCAAAGAAGGCGUUGUGGGUGCUGUGGAGAAGACCAAGCAAGGAGUGACGGAGGCAGCUGAGAAGACCAAGGAGGGGGUUAUGUAUGUGGGCACCAAAACCAAGGAGAACGUGGUACAAAGUGUAACUUCAGUGGCUGAGAAGACCAAGGAGCAGGCCAAUGCCGUGAGUGAAGCUGUGGUCAGCAGCGUCAACACAGUGGCCACCAAGACGGUGGAGGAGGCAGAGAACAUCGUGGUCACCACCGGGGUGGUACGCAAGGAGGACUUGGAACCCCCUGCACAGGACCAGGAGGCCAAAGAGCAAGAGGAGGAUGAAGAGGCCAAGAGUGGAGGAGACUAGAAGGUUGUCAGUCAACCACAGAGGCUCAACAGGCGGACACCCCUCUACCUUGGACCCUGUCUCAACCUGGUACACUGAGUGCCCUGCCUAGAGUCCCCUGCAGGUCCCUAACCCAGUGCCACAAGUCCACGCACGCUACUGCCAGCGCCAGCGCCCCCUGCUGGCUCCUUUAACCUAUGGUCCUGUGAUCACCAAUCAGAUGCUGCUGUGAAUUUUUGGUUUUUUUUGUUAGUGAUUCCAAAUAAAACCUGAGUCCCACUCCA